UUGAAGGUCUAAGGUGCCAACGUGCACCGCACAACACAACAUUCUGAUUACGGCAGCUGUUUGAGUUUUACUGUUUUAGCUGUAGCUGUAGCACUAUUCAGUUUUGACCAAUCAGACAGACCUGUUCAGCUUCACAGAUCCCAGAAAAGGCCACAGCAAACUUCAAAGUCCACCUUACCUUGGUCUUUAACGGUAAAACUGAAUGAGAUAGGUAGUUAAACCAACUGUUUCACUUCGUUCUCUUCCAGGGGAAGCUGCAAACGGGUCUAGAAGAAUCAGAAGGGUCUUCUCCCAGGAUGUACCACCAAGAACUGAACUUUGAGGCAAAUUCCCACCCUUUUCUUUUUGGAACAUUGUAGAGACUUAGAUAGAACAGAUAAGUACUACUGAGCUUUUGGGAUGGAAGACCAAGCUGUCUGUGAUGUUAAUGUUAGCAGUCCAGAGUUGGAGAUAGGCUACACACAUCAAGGGAUGUCAGCUAGUGAAUCCGGCGCUGAAGAGUUGGAGAGUUCCAUGAAAGUUUUGACGAAGGUGGACUUGGACUUGGCAUAUUCUGCUGAGAAGUUGGCAAAUCUGCAGGCGCUUAUGAUGCGCCUAUUCUCUCAGGAAAAUGAUCUUGAAGCAAUGGCCACCGCAAAUAACUAUAUCUUGGCUGAUUUUCAUGAGAAAGUAUUGGUCUUUAAUCUCAUGUCUAGCAUUUUAGAUUCCGAGGUCAGAGAGAUGGACAGUUUCAUGGAUACUCUCCAUGCAGAAAUUGUUGACGCCCGUCAUACGAUAUUUUCAUGGAGUCAUUUGGGAGAACUGUACACGGCAAUGGAAGAAAAGUUGUAUGAUUCUGAAGAGUCCUUAAAGCAGUGUCAGGAACAGGUUUCAGAGGUCAAGAUGCUGGCAGCUAAGUUUCGGAGAACUGCUAUAGCUUUUGCACAUGACAACUGGAAAACUGACAUUGCCAUGGAUUUAUCAGAAGAUGGUCAACUGUCAAAUAAUUAUGCAAAGUACAAUAUGCAGAUGCCUAGACAACAAAGACACAAUCUACGGAUGCUUGAAAAAUCACUUUCACGGGAGAUAGAUCUUGAGAAGAAAUUAACUCAAUCAAGACAAAAUGAGGAGCAACUUCAGUUAAAGCUACACUAUACAGAACAGGUAGCGGUUCGCAUGGAAGAAGCAGCAGAAGGUAUUUGGGGAAGAUUUUUAGAGGCAGAGAAUGCUGCUGAGGUGCUCCAGGGGAUUUCAAAGGAUUUAUUAGGGAGACUGCAGCUUCUGAAUUUCAAUCUGAACGGUUCAAUUCACCGUGAAAGCGACUUAAAAUCCAAACUUCAAGAUUGUUUAGGAGAGCUUCAAGCAAAAGAUGCUGCUUUACAGAAGCUAGAGCAUAUCAGUGCAGAAAACAUGACCAAAGAUGCUGAGAUAUCAACUUUGAGAGAAAAGGUGCUGUUUCUUGAAAAACAGCUGAAAGAAUCCAAGCUCCAGCUGAAGAAUGCAAAUGCAACCAAUGAAUCAAGUCUAGAGAAACUUAGAGAAAAGGAGACUUUGGUUGAGUCUAUGAAAGAAAGAAUCUACAGGGAAGAAGUUAAAACAGAGAGUGCACUACUUAAGGUUGCAGAAUUAACCGGGACGAAUGUGGAACUCACAGAAGAGAUGAAUUUUCUCAAAGGAAGUGUUAGUAACACGGAAAAGAAGGUUGGGAUUCUCGAGAAGCAGUUAAGGGACGUAGAGAUCCAAUUACAGAAUGCAAAGGCAUCUUCUGAAGCAAGUCAAGAGCAGCAGAAUAUGUUGUAUUCUGCAAUUUGGGAUAUGGAAACUUUGAUUGAAGAUCUAAAAUCAAAGGUUUCCAAAGCUGAAAAUAAGACAGAAACUGCUGAGGAACAAUGCAUUAUGUUAUCUGAAAAUAACAUAGAGCUAAAUGCAGAAAUAACUGAUCUAAGGGGUAGAGUGGAAUAUUUGCAAUCAUCUUUGGAUCGAGCUAACAAUGCAAAACUUGCAAGUGCAAAGGAACUCAAUACCAGAAUCAAGUUCAUUAUGGAUAUGGCAAUGCAACUAGCCAUAGAAAGGGAGCGCAUCCAAAAGCAGUUUCAUGUCUUAGCCAUGGAGAAACAACUUCUGGUAGAGAAGUUACGUGAUACCAAAAACAUUGCUUCUGUAACUGGUUGCAGCAACGAAGAUGGUGACAACAAAGAGCUUCCAUUUUUUAAGUAUGGUGUCUUGAAUGCUACUUCUAUAAAAACAUCAGUGGAAGCAGUGACAGAGUCCUUAGAUAAAAGUUCCCAGGUGGAUGAACUGUCACAGCAGGAACCUGAGUGUGAUACUGAAGGGGCUUCCAGUUCUUUAGAUGAUGCUGCAGGCAUUGGUUCAGAACUUGACACUGCUGGAGAAGCCAGGCGAUGCUUGAACCUAAAGUGUGCUUUCAAAGUAAUUUUUGUCUUACUAUUUCUAGUCUCAGUCCUAUAUUUUCUUGACCAGAAACCUUUAAUCCUCGACGAACUAUGAUGGAUUCGUAUUGGUGAUGUAUUGUGCUAUGGUAAUUCUUUCUGAAGCACUCUAGAAGCUAGGGUGUCUUCUUACUAGGUUUUCUAGGUUCUGCAGGAUGAAAUGUCAUAUAAUCAGGAAGUAUAUAGUGAAAAUAAAGCCAGUAAUGUUUUCAUUGUUGUACA